UGCUGCCCUGCAGUAGUCCUAGUGCGAACGGCAUUGGCACAGCUGCCAGCAGCUGGUGAGCUGCGUCUUCUUGGCACUUGCAGACUGUUGGCAGCGCGUCUGCACGUCACCAGCUUUGAACAGGUUGAUGAGCUUUACCUAGUUGCAGGUUUAGCUUUUCAGCAGAUUUCACACGUUGCCGUGGCCACCAGGACGACCUGCAUUUACAGAGCUUUGUUGCGGGAGAUCUAAGCGCAUCAGGUUCAAUCUUUGAUCAGUCAGUCAAGGAAGCACUUUCACCAACAGUGCAUUUCUUGUAGCAGAGGCGUCAGCUGACUCCGGGCUGACAUCAUGAAUCCCGGUUGGGGGGACAAGCUGGCACUAUGCUUAGGUGGUCUCUGCUCCCCUUGUGGUGGUUGCCUGGGGACACCGGCCGUGCGCAUGUACGGAAAGUACUUGAAAAAGCAGUUCAACAAAGCUGGCUUGGUGGAAGAGCAGGUUGACAUCGACGGUGGCGAAACGUCGAUGCACAUGUGGGUCCCAAAGAAGUUUGCGGACGCAAGGAAAGGGGGCAGAACAAUCGAGCAACAAAAGCAGCCGCCGGUCGUGUUGCUUCAUGCUUUCGGGCCGGGGGCAAUAUGGCACUGGAAUGCACAGGUCAAAGAUUUUUGCAAGCGGCUCGACGUGUUCAUUCCCGACCUCCCGUUCUUUGGCGAGAGCACUAGCCGCAGCAAUCAGCGGUCCGAGACUUGGGAAGCGGAGUGCGUCAAAAAGGCGUUGGACCAGUACGGGGUGACCACGUUUGACGCCGUGGGCAUCUCGUAUGGGGGCUUCGUGGGCUAUCGGCUCGCGCAGCUGUACCCAAACAAUCUUCGGAAGGUGUGUUUGACGGACUCUCCCGGCGUUGUGGUGACUAAGGAGGAGUGGCAAAACGUGCUCAAAGACCUGGGGCUCAAGGACAUGCUAGAAACGCUUCUUCCCGACAACCGGAAGGACAUGCGCGCGGGCAUCGGGCUGACGUUCCACAAGCCGCCGCCCGUUCCCGGGUGCAUUCUAGACGGCGCAUUGAAGGUGAUGUUUGGGGACGGUCUCGACGAGCGGCGGGAGCUGGUGGAGCAUUUGAUGCGGUUCCUGGACAACCCGGAGAGCCCUCUCGGUCGGUACCGCCAGGAGUGCCUGCUCGUCUGGGGCGAGUUCGACCGCGUGUUCCCGCUGCCGCUCGGCCAGAAACUAAAAGCGUUUCUGGGCCCGAGCGCGGAACUCGUGGUCAUCAAGAAAGGCGGCCAUCAGCCGAGCGUCGAGAUGCCAAAGGAGUACAACAAGAUCGUGCUGGACUGGCUGACCGCCGAACCCAAGGUUAUGACCGAAGCCACCGGCAAACCCGUGGUCGAGGCCGAUGGUUACACGCGUAACCCGGGGUCAUCGGAUUCCGCAGCAGAGACGGGCGAGGCGAUCGCAGCGGAAAAGUUGGACGGUAACCGGGGUGGAUUAGCGGAGCAUAUGGAAACGAGUUUGGGGGAGGCGCGGGCCCCUGCGGGGGACGUGGAGCUCGCGCGUCAGACGCUGACGUCAUGAGGGGGCUCGGGGGCCACGUGAGACAUCUGCAAAUUCAAUGGCUGACACGGGGGGAGUAAUGACGCAAGUGCGCUAAUCAGGUUCUAGAUGGUGAUGGGUUCACAACCCGUCGUUUAGAUUAUGUUGUCAAGGGGUUGAGUCCGGUUGGUAGUCAAACAGGUCCCGAGGAUCUUUUGCUAGUCCCCCCAAGACAGGCCACCCGUUAUUGUCGUGUACGAUGGUGUAUAGAAAGAAAACACUUGCGCAGCAUUGCGAAGAAUCAAGGGCAUUUAUAAUAGAUAAGUAUUGCAGGCUGCGAGUUUUUGCCCGGUAUUACAAACGAGUAACUUCGUUUAAACCUGCAAAGUUACUCAAGCCGGGAACCUCCAAGUCGGGUGCUGUCGACAAGACUUCAUAAUCUGCAUAGAUCCUGUAUAGUAAGUUUCUCGGCUGCGUCAAACCUGCAAAGUUACUCAAGCC